AAUCUCUUACAGCAGCGGAACCCUGUGGAGGAGAUGAAAAGUUUGUCGACCAGUGGAGGCAGAAUCAUUGCCCAAAUGCUUCUCAUCAUCAUGAAAACAGACUAAUGUGGUGGACGUGGUGUCAGCAUACACAAUGCCAUCGGAGUCUGAAGUUCAUGUGGCGAGAAGUUUUCUCACCAAGAUUUUACGAAGCUCAAUGAGGAAGAACAGAUUCAAACGGGAAAAUGACCUCAAAAUGCGGCCUCAAUCUUGGUAUUACUCCAAGCAGACUGAAGAGUCAGAGGAGCCCACAGGAGCAGGCCCCCCAACACGCGUUUGGCAAUACAACCACGACUCCAGGACCAAGAGGCCAGUGAUUCAAGGGCACCAGGACAGCCAGAGUCUGACCGACAAAAUUGAGAAAGAGGACCAGGUCAAGCAACAUGGCUGCCUCUACCCGGCUGAACACUCCAGAAACAUUGAUCGGUCUCGUACAGCAGAAAGCAAAAAAGAUUCAGGGUUCAGCUGCCUCCCUGGGCGCACCAGCACUAAGGGAACAAGCACUGAAAAUAUAUUUUUUAAAGGCCUUCCAAAUGAGGCAGCACCUCCUCCUGAUCAGCAAAGCUCCAGAGGAAACAGGGUCUGGGAGAAGGGGAUGAAAGACGGACUGCUAACAUCCAAAGUUUCUUUAGGAUACACCCCUGUCGUUGGUCCUGUACAGCAAACUCCAGGGAAAGAUAAUCAGACUUCAACGUCUCCACCUGUCUCACUGUGCACUGACAGUUAUGCUGGCACAAAGGUCUUCCCGUACUGUAAAGGUAUUGGUGGAUCCAGGGGGAUCCAUGCAAGAUCUGUUGACAAGCUGACAGAAACUAACAAGCAUCCCAGCUUCAGCGAGUACCAAGAGAGGAGAUUAGAGGCUGGUAGGAGUUUCAACCCCCUCCCCAGUGGUGACUUCCUCCGUCCUGACAUGGCAGUCAAACAGCACAAACACCUCUCACUAUCCAGCAGUGAUGUGAGUGUGGAAGGUUUUUACCACAGCCUUCAGGACCUGCCGUCCAAUGCUCCCAUUCAGAGACAAGCGCGCCACUCAACAGCUGCCACCGGCUCCGAUGUUAACCCCACAUUGGGAGACGCCCAGCGGAGCAUGCACUUUGGGAUGGCAGAGAAGCAUCUGACUUUAAAGUUCCGGCAUGUUGAAGUGGAGAGCAGGAAGAUAAACAAGGACAAAAGUCACAACACAACAAGAGUGCACAACAAAGGCUAUUCCCACGCAGGCAGCAGUCUACAUAAUGAGCACCGAGGUCUUGAGCAGCCUACUAAAAGCCUUAGUCCAGUGGGUGCUGUUGACAGUGAUUUUGUUGCCUUGAGAAAAGUCCUGAGUCAUCAAACAUUUAGUCAAAGUAUAAACUUUUCGACGCUCAAUGACCCGUGGGUACCUCGGGAAAACCACAAAAGGUCUCUGCAGAAAAUGCAACAACAUUACCUCACAGCUCAGGAGAACAGGAGUCUGCUUGAAAACCAUUCAAGUCCUCGUCCUCAGGAGCAAGUCAAUGAAACUGUGCUAUGUAGCAGAGGCUCAGUUACACCACACCAGGUGAGGCAGAAGAAGCUAGCUCAGCUGCAAAGGAGCCGGAGUGCUGCCAUCCUAACUGGACAUGUGGAGGAGGAGGAUGAGGAGGAGGAGUGGAGUUCCACUUUGACUUACAACUCAUUUUCAAGCACCUACAAGGACAACUUGAAGGAGGCUCAGGCCAGGGUUCUUCAAGCUACCUCCUUCCAAAGACGAGACCUGGAACCAGUGGGGCCAUUUCAGGUUUCUGGAUACAAACGUCCUUUAUCGGCCCGGCGAGUGCACUCCUUCUCCGAACCAGACAAGAUUCACCAGGUGGGUGUCGAAGGAAACCCUUAUAUUGUGUGUUUCAGGGAACGCAGAAAAUACUUAGAAGGCAGACGCCAGUUCUGCAGGCCGGUUCUAAAAACAAGCAAAAAUACAGGCUCAGAUCUAAUGGGCAAGUACAAAGGGAACUGCCCGAUAGGCACUCUGGACCGUAGCAGCCUUGGUCUCAGAUGUGAGCAGAUGUCUUCGGAGCAGAAGAGGCUUGGAACCUUCAGUGAAUAUCGCGCCACAUGGAGCCAGCAGCAGAAGUCAUUUGAAGCCAAAACACAAGGACAAUUUCACUCCACAGAGAACAUCCUGGAUGCAGAUGUGGAAGUUACCUCCUCUUCCUUCGCCGACUUGAAUUCACAGAGUAUUUCUUCAAUGUGCACAGGCACACUGAGCAACCGCACUUUAAGGGAGCACUCUGAACCCCAACCGGACCACAGCUCUCACCACAGACCCAUACUUGAACCAAGUCACAGAGACGUAGCAAAAGCUUCCAAGGUGGUGCCAACUCUAGAGCUUCUUCCCGGCCUUGAGUUCUCAGCAUCGAUGGAUGGACCACCAGUCUUGUAUGAGAAAGAAGACACGCCCCCCAGUCCACAGGUCCAGCUGGUUCCACAGGAUCCAGGUCCUUGGCUAACACGAUCGGUGACAGAUCAGACCUUUGAAGAUAAUGCCCACAGAGAGGGGGAUGUGGGAGUCGUCGCAGGUGAAGGACAGAGUCUGGCGGACGUGCCGGACAAAUGUGGGAGGAAGACUACCAUGGACCAACUGGAUGAAGAAGGUCCUGCUCACUGCUGGGCUUCUGGUGGUCCCAGACUACUCACUGUUCCCAGGGGAGAAGAGGAUGGCUCGCUGGCAACACCUGUCUCCUCAUUGGUCCCCAGCUCGUCCUACUACAACACAUCUGCCCCAAAAGCUGAACUGCUCAUCAAGAUGAAAGACAUGCAGGUGGAGGAGCAAGAGGAGCAGGACAUAGACUUGGCUGACAAGAAGUAUGAGUUGAUUCUCAGUUUGGAAAAAAAGCUGCAAGUCCUGCAGGAGGCGCGACGCAGUCUACAGGAGGAUGUGGAGGACAAUGAGGCUCUUGGGCAGCAAGUAGAUGCCACGGUGCAGCAACUCUGCCUCACCAACCAGCUGGAGCGCUUCCGCAUGUUUAUUGGCGACUUGGACAAAGUGGUGAGUCUGCUGCUCUCACUGUCUGGACGUCUUGCCCGAGUGGACAACGCCCUCGACAGCCUGGAUGAGCAGGAGUCACUAGAGGAGAAGAGAACGCUGACAGAGAAAAGGAAACUUCUCAUGCGCCAGCAUGAGGAUGCCAAGGAACUGAAGGAGAACCUGGACCGACGUGAACAUGUUGUGACCGCAAUCAUGGCGGACCACCUAGACAGCGCGAGCCUAGAGGACUACCGUUACUUUAUUAAGAUGAAGUCUGCUCUGAUAAUAGAGCAGCGGAGGUUGGAGGACAAGAUUAAGCUGGGUGAAGAGCAGCUGGCCUGCCUGCUGGAGAGCCUGCCUCCUGAGCGCAGGCCUACAGCCUCGCUGAGCAACACUCUUUAUGAAUACUCCAUCAAACUUCACUAAAGCUGAAGUUAUCUCAUGGUGCAACAAUUGAACAUCAAAUCAAAACGUGAGUGUCAUAGAACUGAUUUAAUGUUUGAUGACAAUAAUAACAAUAUUCAUAUUUGUAUUAUGGAUGCAUUUUUCCCCCAUUACAUUCCUUUUUCAUGUUUUUUUUAAAGAUUUUGCUUGCUCCAUAAGUGAGUCUCAAGCGUACUAAAUUUGAAACUUGCCAGCAGGGGGGGCUGUGAUACGCAGAGGGACAAGGUCCAGAAUUGACAGAUUAUUAAUUAUUGAGGCGCCCUCACUAAAACGCUGUUUGCAUAGAUGAAGGGAGGCUCUUCUCCUUUUUUUAUAUUCCAGUCAAAAGAAUUGGAUGUCAGAAUCUAUGUCGGACAAAAGUUGAAAACCUACCAAACAAGUCCUCUAAAGUUGCAUGGACUCACACCCAUAUCAAAGCUAGAAUAUAUAAGUGAAUAUAUAAGAAAUAGAAGUGAAUAGAAAUUAAUAACCGACAUCAACCUCGCUCCUGCAGGUCAACCAAUCACAAGGACAAUCCCCUCAUGGAAAACAUUAUUGGCAUCAAUAAAUAUUGUUUACAAGGGCCCAAAUAACAGGUUCACUGUGUCACUGAUACAAAAACAAAGCGAGCAUCCAGGAGUGUGUUCAACCUCACUUCUACAACGAACACAUGGACUCACCCUUGACAUUGACAAUGACAGCAUUUAUUCAAAAAUCUUUCACUUAUUGAUGAUAAUCCAACAGUGAUCGAACACGGCAAAUGUUCUCAGAGAUGCACAGAAAAAUGUCUGGAAGUAAAAAACAACAUGUGACUCCGUUAUAAAGCAACAAGCAGAAGAGAUGACAACAAACACAGUUGGAUGUGGAUGACGGAAGCAGCUCGUUCCUACAUACAGUCAUAAACGCUACACGUGGCUUAAAAACCACACCAACGUGAACCACUUCUCAAAUCCGACGAGGAACCCCGAAAACCAAAAUCAUUUGCAGCUUGAAUGGUUGCUGUUGCAAUGGCGCGUCUCAACAGCCCUUGUCUGUACGCUGCGCCAGCAAAACGCUUGGAAGCCCAGAUUGGCCCAGAUGUGUAGAAACAUGACCCAAAUGAACACAUACAUAAAAAAUAAAAUACAAAAUUACAUUAUUGGUGUACAUGGGGUUGGUUUUAAUCUUUCCAGAGUCCACCAGUCUGUUCUUGAUACACCUCGAUGACAUCCUCGUCCUCCAUCCCCAACUAGUGACAGAAAACAGAUUGAAGAGUUUACAGUUUAAAAAAAUGAAGAGCAAGCAGCAUAUACAGAGUGAAAGCAGGUGGAGGUUCAGGGGCCCCAGUUCUAAUGGAAACUCUCUUCAAUUUCAGCUCAGUGGGUGGUGCUCUCUGUUUAUUAAUGGAGUGAAGUUUCAUGGUAUUGGUAGUUCAAGGUCAAAGAUUAUUGAGCAGAGAGCGCCAUCUACAGCCUUUGCAAGGCCAUUGUCUCAUGGACCCUUAAAAUGCCUGUAUCCACUUGACACAUUUUAAAAGUCACCAGCCAAUUAAUUAUAAAAAAAAUUAUAUUAUUAUUACAUUAUGAUUCUGGUCAAACGCUGCCACCAUCCUGUGACAUAACGGCAGGAUACAAAUGUAAGCCUACACCAGCGCAGUGCGCACAGAAACAAGAGGAGCAGAGGAAGCCACCAGUGAUUCCAGCUGCGAGUUUAGUCGGGCAUCAGUCGGCUCAAUAGUCGGUUCUCUUGCUAUGUAGAUGUAGAAAAAUGAAACUCACACCCCGGCAGGAACACAAGACUACUGAAGGGCUCAGAUGCUGCAAUGACAGUCUCCCAGACUUGUCAGUCACUGGUGUACGCAGCGGGUCUUUGGUGCGCUCAGUAAUGCUAACAAACUUGUCAGUGUCUGCGCUGACUUUGAAUUCAGUUUGACACCUAUUUUGCUGGCUAAUUCAACAGAACCAACUUAGUAGACAAUAUAUGACCAUUUCAUACGUCAUAUUUAUGCAGAGUACCACAGCCAUGUUGUUGACCCUUUUAGUGUAAUGCUUACUUCUGUUUUGACAAGACUUCAAAUGCGCAAACACUGGUUGAUCUGGUUUAAAAAUUUACUUUUUUUAAAUUAAACCCAUCUACAAAUAAAAGGCUAAAAAGGUAACCAAGGCUGAUGUAGCACAAUUCUAAUUUUACAGGACAGUAACUAUAUAAUACGAUGAAUUUAAAUUUUCAGCACAAAUCGAGCUGAGCCAACUUUACCUCUUUGGGAGUUUGGUUGUCUGCAAUUCUCUGUCCUUCAAAGAGAAACCGUAACGUACUUGCUGGCACACCCUAAAAAAACAACAAAAAAGAAAGGUGGUAUCCAAUUUCUCGUAACACAUAUGACUGAUUUGACCAGCUGGUCCUCCACUCACCUGUCUCUGGCUGUAAGACUCCUUCAAUUUUUUCAGGUGUGUUGUCAUUUUCACCUUAAAAUGGAUUUCACUGCUGUCCUAUAGACAAAAUGAAUCAAGUAUGAAUCUCGUGUUGUUUCAGAUCACCAAAACAGACUUAAGUCAAGCCCGAGACAAAUUGUUUCUACAAGAAACUCUAGUAAACACCACAAAUUGUGUAAUUAAUAGGAUGAAACAAAAUACGAUAACAAAAAAAACGCAUGUGAACGUUUGUUUUUCCACGUUGCUCAGGUGAUUUCUCAUGCAUAUUUUCACGGUUAUCGCUGAGACCCCCGCUGCCAAGCAUUUGAUGUGUUGUUCUUAUCAAAAACUUCCGGUUCUGGCUGAGACUGUGCUGUGCUUGGCUUUUUUCAGCAUAAUCGAGAUUACUCAUGAGUUCCCGAUCAGCCGUUUCUUUUCUUCGGAGUUUCAAACAGUCUCUCCUACCAGAUAUUUUGGAAACCGUUGGGUCAGAUCUUUGUUUUUAGCAAUAUACCCCUCAGUGUCUGUUGGGCUGGAGCCCUGAGGCACUGAGCACUUAUGCUGGCGGCUAUCAUAACAAAGAACCUGAAUGGAAGUAAGGUAAGGUCCUGAAGAGCACGAUUCAAAAUAAAUGAACGUAAUGAAUCCUUUUUGUAUAUGUCCUGUCAAUGAAAGUGUAAUUCCUUUAUUCAUGUAAAUUUUUCUGUUGAACUCUUGGACCUUUCAUUGAACCCAUAUGGAAAUUUAUCAACUGUCUGUCCAAACUCACGACAAAUCACCGUUGUAAAGC